UUGAAAGGCUUGUUUAGGUGUCCCGGAAAAUGGAGAUCUGCAAUAACUAAUAAAUAGAUUAUUAUAUUCUUUUUUUUUCAACGUUUAUUUUCUCAAGAACAGACUCGUCAGUCCAGUGAGGAAGGAUUAAGUACAAUUAAAAAAUAGUCUCUUUCGUAAUUGUGUUAUAUCUUCUAUGUAAUCAUCGUGCUGCUUUAAAGUUGCAAGUAAUCAGGCUAGCGUUAAUCGCAGUACAUAAAUCAAAGUAGACAUUGGACACCAAUUGGAGUUAAGAAAAAGACGAUGUUUCAGGCCUUAUGCUGAACCUUUCAUCAGGUUAGAAGUGAAUGAAGAAACAAAAAACAAAGGUGUUUGGGAGAAUCUCUGGUCUUGAAGACUCGCUCUGAAAACGUGUAUACUUGGAUCGACUGAGCUCAGAGGUGGGGAUGAAAGCCUACCAUGAAUAAGAGAGAUCUUGGAAGAAAAGGGUUGCCGCCAGGAUUUGAAGGGCCAACUUUCUAAAAUAGACUUACUUUCUCAUGACAAGAUCUUAAGAAGACUGGUGUUUUCUCAACUUUAAGGUCCAACUCGCAUCGGCGAUAUGUCGUCCAACGUUGUCAGCAGUCAAUUUACUAGAGCAACAGAAGGAUGGAAGGAAGCUAGACGUUCUUUAGCUUCGUCAUCAGUGACAUCUAGUGGUCUUGGAAGCGGCGGAAGCAUGCUCGGAAACGACAGCUCAAGCGAUCAUAACCACAGCGAUGUCAACCAGAGCUAUAAUAAGACGGAUUUCAAGGGCCCUCCGAAACUUACUCCUGUAAGUGGAGUUUUUAGAUCAAAGGACAAAUCUGUUGUGCGACCGGUGGCUUUUAAACCAUUGAUAUGUACAGUCUUGAAUCCUUUUCGUCACUCAUCUUCCACCUUAAUGAUGAAUACGAUGAUAAGUUCCAGCCCACACAGCACUGAUACCGAGAUCAAGAGCUGUUACGGAAGCACAAUGUCUCACUCGUCUUCCCUGAUCACUGAAGAUGACCAAAAGUCCACGACUUACUCAUUAGAUAGAUGCGUCAAACUUCUCGAUACUCCUGCAUCUUAUGCUUCUUCGUAUGCAGAUAGCGGUGGGUCAACGUUAAACCUGGAAGAAAUAAUUCACACUCCGUCUCCGAGUGACAGUGGUGUGGAGGAAUUCGAAGCCAUACUGCGAGACAAGGACUCUGAAAUUAACUUCUUAAGGGAGACGUUGGAACAGAAUGAACAAGUGAUUUUUAAAGUUUACGAAGAAAAAGAACAGAUGUGGCUGAAAGAGAUCAGAAAAAUUCGCGACCACUAUGACCAUAAACUGAGAGCAACACAGCAACGGCUGGUUAAGAUGGAGGAAUUGCGAAACAACCAGAAAUAUCAGAAUCUCUUGGAAAGGCGGAAGCUCCAAGCUGAAGUGGAAUUAGUAGCGCGAGAAAAAGCUGCUGCCCAGCACGAGGCCAAACAGCUUCGUGAAGAGCUUGACCAUAUUCGUUCACAGUGUGAAGAAACAAAGUGGAAACUAUGUCAGAAAGCUGGAGAAAUAUCUCUUCUAAAGUCUCAGUUGAAAGACUAUCAAGUGGGAGAGAAUAACCGAUUAACGGAGCUUUUAUCUUUGAAGUCUCAAGUGAAAGAAACUCGCCAUCUGGUGGAAGGAAAAGAAGAUAAAAUUGUUGAAUUACAGACCUGUCUUCAAAACAGCGAAGAAGAAGCUUAUCAUUCUAAACAAAAACUCGAACAAUUAUUACAGAGAAUGAAAACACAGACGCAAGCAGCAAAAGAACAUGCACAAGCAAAAUCUAUUGAAGAACUGAUUAAAGAAACGGAAUCACUUCGUUUAGAACUAUCAUUAUCUAAACAAGAACUUCAUGAAACCAAAGAAAACAUUGAAGAAGAAAAAAUGCAGUGGUUGGAAGAAAAAGAAAAGGUGAUAAAAUAUCAGAAACAACUACAGUUAAACUAUGUACAGAUGUACAGAAGAAAUAGGUUUCUCGAAUCUGAAGUAGAAAAACUUAAGGGUGAACUUUCAGAGAAAAGGACUAACAAGGCUUUAAAAGGAGAGUCUAACUGCUGACAAGAACAUGUUUUUUUCUUAACGCUCUGUAAUAAGUAAUAAAAAGUUGUAUCUUUUUUUAAUUAAAUGAAGUAAGUUAUUUGUAAGUAUUGUA